AUGCGGAGCCGGGGGCCGCCGGUGGAGCUCCACGGGCCAUGGCCCCCAGAAGCCUCCCAGAGCCCACAGGGACUGCCCCCCAUCCUGGCCAGCGGGGCCCGCCCUCAGCAUCCCGCGGGCAGCCUGUGUGAAGGGCCUCCCGCAGCCCCCGGCCCCUCCCCCAUGGAGGAGGAGGAGGAGGAGGGGGCGGCCAAGGAGUGGGGCACGACCCCCACGGGGCCCGUCUGGACCGCAGUGUUCGACUACGAGGCGGCGGGCGACGAGGAGUUGACCCUGCGGAGGGGCGACCGCGUCCAGGUGCUUUCCCAGGACUGUGCGGUGUCCGGCGACGAGGGCUGGUGGACCGGGCAGCUGCCCAGCGGCCGAGUGGGUGUCUUCCCCAGCAACUACGUGGCCCCCGGGGCCCCCGCCGCGCCCGCGAGCCUCCAGCUGCCCCAGGAGAUCCCUUUCCACGAGCUGCAACUGGAGGAGAUCAUCGGUGUGGGGGGCUUUGGCAAGGUGUACCGGGCCCUGUGGCGUGGCGAGGAGGUGGCUGUCAAGGCCGCUCGGCUGGACCCUGAGCGGGACACGGCAGUGACAGCAGAGCAGGUGCGCCAGGAGGCCCGGCUCUUCGGAGCCUUGCAGCACCCAAACAUUAUUGCCCUUCGGGGCGCCUGCCUCAGCCCCCCACACCUCUGCUUGGUCAUGGAGUAUGCCAGAGGGGGCGCACUGAGCAGGGUGCUGGCAGGACGCCGGGUGCCCCCUCACGUGCUUGUCAACUGGGCUGUGCAGGUCGCCCGGGGCAUGAACUACCUACACAAUGAUGCCCCUGUGCCCAUCAUCCACCGGGACCUCAAGUCUAUCAACAUCCUUAUUCUGGAGGCCAUCGAGAACCACAACCUCGCAGACACGGUGCUCAAGAUCACGGACUUCGGCCUUGCCCGAGAGUGGCACAAGACCACCAAAAUGAGCGCAGCGGGGACAUACGCCUGGAUGGCGCCAGAGGUUAUCCGCCUCUCCCUCUUCUCCAAAAGCAGUGAUGUCUGGAGCUUUGGAGUGCUGCUCUGGGAGCUGCUGACGGGUGAGGUCCCCUACCGUGAGAUCGACGCUUUGGCCGUGGCAUAUGGUGUGGCUAUGAACAAGCUGACGCUGCCCAUCCCCUCCACGUGCCCCGAGCCCUUUGCCCGCCUACUGGAGGAAUGCUGGGACCCAGACCCCCAUGGGCGGCCAGACUUUGGCAGCAUCUUGAAGCGGCUUGAAGUCAUCGAACAGUCAGCCCUGUUCCAGAUGCCACUGGAGUCCUUCCACUCGCUGCAAGAAGACUGGAAGCUGGAGAUUCAGCACAUGUUCGAUGACCUCCGGACCAAGGAGAAGGAGCUCCGGAGCCGAGAGGAGGAGCUGCUGCGGGCGGCGCAGGAGCAGCGCUUCCAGGAGGAGCAGCUGCGGCGGCGGGAGCAGGAGCUGGCAGAGCGCGAGAUGGACAUCGUGGAGCGGGAGCUGCACUUGCUCAUGUGCCAGCUGAGCCAGGAGAAGCCCAGGGUCCGCAAGCGCAAGGGCAACUUCAAGCGUAGCCGCCUGCUGAAGCUGCGGGAAGGCGGCAGCCACAUCAGCCUGCCCUCCGGCUUUGAGCAUAAGAUCACAGUCCAGGCCUCUCCAACUCUGGACAAGCGGAAAGGAUCCAAUGGCGCCAGUCCCCCCGCCAGCCCCAGCAUCAUCCCCCGUCUGAGGGCCAUCCGCCUGACUCCUGUGGACGGUGGUGGCGGCAGCAGCGGUGGCAGUGGGACAUGGGGCCGCAGUGGGCCCCCAAAGAAGGAAGAACUGGUUGGAGGCAAGAAGAAGGGCCGCACGUGGGGGCCCAGCUCCACCCUGCAGAAGGAGCGGGUUGGCGGAGAGGAGAGGCUGAAGGCCCUGGGGGAAGGCAGCAAACAGUGGUCAUCAAGCGCCCCCAACCUGGGCAAGUCCCCGAAACACACACCCAUCGCCCCUGGCUUUGCCAGCCUCAACGAGAUGGAGGAGUUCGCAGAGGCGGACGGAAGCAGCAGCGUGUCCCCUUCCCCCUACACCACCCCGUGCUACCUCUCGGUGCCGCUUGGCCCGGGCCUGGCGCCUUCGGCCACCCUCGUGUCACUGUCGUCCGUGUCCGACUGCAACUCCACGCGUUCGCUGCUGCGCUCCGACAGCGACGAGGCUGCGCCGGGCGCGCCCUCCCCGCCGCCCUCCCCCCCUGCGCCCACGCCCACGCCCACACCCUCACCCAACACCAACCCUCUGGUGGACCUGGAGCUGGAGAGCUUCAAGAAGGACCCACGCCAAUCGCUCACGCCCACCCACGUCACGGCCGCACGCGCCGUGAGCCGUGGGCACCGGCGGACGCCAUCGGACGGGGCGCUGGGACAGCGGGGGGCGCCUGAGGCUGCGGGCAACGGCCCUGGCCCUCGAGACCCCCUGGACUUCCCCCGCCUGCCUGACCCCCAGGCUUUGUUCCCGACCCGCCGCCGGCCCCCUGAGUUCCCCGGCCGCCCCACCACCCUGACCUUUGCCCCGCGCCCCCGGCCGGCCGCCAGCCGCCCCCGCCUGGACCCGUGGAAACUGGUCUCCUUUGGCCGGACGCUCAGCAUCUCACCUCCCAGCAGGCCAGACACUCCAGAGAGCCCUGGGCCCCCUGGCAUGCGGCCCACACUGCUCGACAUGGACAUGGAGGGGCAGAGCCAGGACAGCACCGUGCCCCUGUGUGGGAGCCAUGGCGCCCACUGA